ACUUCUAGGUUUUAUCCGGCCUUAGGAUAAUGUUGAUCAACACAUAAAAACUCCAAAGCCGCUGUGAAGGAAAAUGUGAUAACUUGUUCCUAUAGCAGUUAUACAUUUGUUUAUUGAGAUCACAAUGCUUUCAGGGAAAAUGUUGAAAAUACUUCAGAAUCUUUUGUUUUCAUCCUGUGUCGCUGUUUUUAUUUUGGAUUGCCAUUUAUAUGGUAAAAGUGCAAAAAUUGUCAUUUCCAGCUGUGAUGGACAGAUGAAGACCGGAGAUAACUUUGGUGUAGACUACACCGCAAUAAAUUCACACUGUAACUGUACAAUACUCCCAAAAUAUAAUGGAAGUUUAAUAUUCGCAUCGACUGCCAUAAACGAAAACUGCUACAUGGAAAUUUCCAUACUUAAAGUGAAUGAGACGAAACUGAGUACCACAAUACCAUGUAAAGGCCCGAGACUAAGACAAACAUUCCCAGUAACACAUGAUGACGUGCUUUAUAUGACAUCCAGAUCAGUCAACACUAACAAUGAACAAGAGAGAUUCCUCCAGGAUAUCACGAUAUUUGGAAUUGCAAACAGUUCAUCAAAUGUAAUACCGAUAUUUGUUACUUGUGGGUCAACACUUCAAAGUUCAUCAGCAAAGCCCAGUGAUGUAAUAACAAAAGCAAAACACAGCUUUUUCACAAACACUUCUCCAGUUGCAGUUUCAACUUAUUCUAAAAGGGAUCUGGAGAGCAUUCAACCCCCCUCUGCAACAGAGGAAGUGCCAUACUUAAUAUUUGUCGCUGUAGGAAGUGGAAUUGCCAUUAUUGCUGUUAUUUUUUUGAUAAUUUUCUGUAUACGGAGAAGAAACCACGAGAGAAGUACAGAUAAAUCUGACAUACAGUUGUACGGAAGGCAACGCAACGUGGCCAAUGGCAACAAGGAACUUCCGUACAAUCCUCCGUAUCACCAGUUCAAUAACGAGGCUGAUGGAGGAUAUUCAACAAUGGAGGACAUAGACAGAAGUCCUUGCGAUGAACUUCAAGACAACCCCUUGGAUCAUUCUCAUCAAGAGAACAUUAAGGCAAGUGGCGCAGCAGGCAUUGUGGAAGAAAAGACAGGACAACAGGAAGAUAUUCCAAUGUUAGAGACCAGUAGCAUGGUGGAAGAUAAGACAGGAAAAGAAGAUAAUCCAAUGUUAGAGACCGGUAGUGAUGCAAUUUAUGCUCAACCAAAUAAGGUUUCAAAAAGACCGACGUCUGAGGUGGAAGAUAUCAAUCCCACUGAAAAUUUGUAUGCUCAAGUUAAGGUCAGACGACACGUUCCUUAAUUUUAGAUAACUUUUUCCAGGAAUUUGUUAAUGGUUUACUACUACUUUGACAAUCUUUCUUGCAAAAAAUUAGGAUACCUUACCAGGCAUUUCUGCAAAAUACUAGAGUAUGCAAUUUCCUAUAUAAUCUUCUUGAAAAUACACUUAAUAUAAAUUGCUGAUAUAAGAUAAAAUAGAUCUACAGCACAGCGAAAUUCAUUAUAUUAGAACUAUAUCUCCGCCGGACGGGGUUUGAACUUACGACCUCUAGAACCUAUACGCCUCUGGCAGUGAGCGACCACGUUUCUAACCACUCGGCCAUCUAGACAUAUAUCAAAAUCCAAGUAAAUUUUGAUCAUAUUAAAAGUAAUUAUAAAAUUAAUUUAUUUAUUAGAACUCUUUAUUACGAGGAGAUACAUGAAAGAUUCUCGAGGAACGUGUCGUCUGACCUUAAAAAACGAGCAUACAAAAUGAAAAAGCUUGAAAUGCGGAAGUUAAGCUAGAUAUAUCAAGGAAAAAGCUUUACAAAAUUGUUUACAACUUCGGGGUUUUUUUUGCGCGGACACCAUUUUGAUAAUAAAUGGUUGCAAAGAUAAAGUCGAGAUAUAAAUCAUCUGUGUUUCAGAAAUAUUAAUCGGGGGUUUAUAGUUAAUACAUAAUUUACUAUUUGUGGUUUUGAUUAAGAAUAUGUCUUAAUUAUUCAUUUGAAUUUUACAAUCUGAAUCCUGGAAAAUAAGUUUUAAAAGCAAAUCUUACAACUGCAUUUAAUAAGUUGAUCUGAAAAUUGAAUGUGGACGCUAGUCUUAAGGAAAAAUCUGCAAAAAUCUAUCUGCACUGUUUCAAUACCAAAUGAGAUCUUUCAAGGUACAUGUACAUUUUUUGUAUUGUUAUUACGGUGAACUUUAUAGUAUAAUAUUUUACUAAUAAACACUUGUUUUAUUGUUUUUCAUUAAUCUGUCAGUUAAUUUUUUGGAUUUGCUUUGGUAUUCUUUAAUCACAUUAUUUUCACGCCUUUGUCUCAUCAUAAAUGCAACAGUUACUGAAAAUACAUAACUAGUAAUAAAAAAAACUAUAUAUUCGGCAUGCACAAUAUCUCUUUUACUAAUUAAAACAUUUAAUCGUCAAUGAGUCCAUGGCUAAAUUAAUCAUGGACUCAUUAACCAUAAAAAAGGUUUAAAAGUAAGAGACAUAUAUUUUUCCACAGGCUAACGGGCAUUUGAUCAAGCGUAGUCCUGAAUGUACUUAUUUAAUUUAAGUAAUUAUAGAUUUAAUAAUUGGCAAUGUACUUGAUUUAGCGGAUGCUGCAAUCACCUAAAAAACGGUAAUUAGAAUACACAACCAAAAGUUGUACAUUCGAUGCAAAAAUGCAUAUACGAUAUAGCUUUGU